AGUGUGUUAAAGAUGAUGAAGUAGAAAGGAAGAUGCGAGGAAAAUAAUAUUGGUAGCAGAAGAAGAAGAAGUCACAAGGAAGGAAGAAAGGGUUGAUUGGCUUCACCUUUUCUCUUUCCCUUUUCUUCUUCUUUCUCUUUCCAACACAAUCAAAUUAUUCCCAAUUCAACCCUCCUUCAUAUUUCUUUUCCUUUAUCCCCAUAUCAACGUUUUCUUCUUAAAAUAAUUAUUAUUAUUUAUUUUUUUUUUAAUUAUUUUCUGGUUUGACUUCGUUGUCUGAAUCGCUUGUCGCAGAACACGGUCCAGGUGCCGCAGCUAUGCAGAGCCAACUUGUGUGUAAUGGUUGUAGGAACACGUUGCUUUACCCUAGAGGUGCAACCAAUGUUUGUUGUGCAUUGUGCAACACAAUUACCGCUGUUCCUCCACCUGGGAUGGAUAUGUCUCAAUUAUAUUGUGGAGGCUGUAGGACAUUGUUAAUGUACACACGCGGAGCUACAAGUGUCAGAUGUUCUUGUUGUCAUACUGUAAACCUUGCUCCAGUAUCAAAUCAAGUAGCCCAUGUCCCUUGUGGGAACUGCCGGACAACACUUAUGUAUCCUUAUGGAGCUCCUUCAGUCAAAUGUGCUGUUUGUCACUAUAUUACUAAUAUCAAUAUGUCCAAUGGAAGGCUUCCAAUUCCUGGUCAUAGACCUCAUGGGACAACCGACUCGGGAAUGUUACCUUCUACUUCAACGUCAAUGCCCCAAUCUCAGAGCCAAACAGUGGUGGUAGAAAAUCCAAUGUCUGUUGAUUCAAGUGGGAAAUUGGUGAGCAAUGUUGUUGUUGGUGUUACAACAGAUAAGAAAUAACGCAGCCAUGAUAGAAGGUACAGUAUAUGACACAUUAUCACAGUUGCUGUUACCAGAAGAUAUUGCAUGUGUAUAUGUAUAUCAUAUUGCAGCCUCCAAUAGUUUCAUUCAAAUGAAUCCUUCCUUUUUCGAUGUAAGGGUUAGACAGAUAUCAGUAUAUGUAUAUGUAUAUGGAGAGGACGAGUUGUGGAAAGGGCUGUGUGAUUGGUUCAUUCUUGUUGUAUCGUUAUUUAGUAAAUGUUAUUUCUUUCAUUCCUUGAUAAGCUUGUGAUUUUAUCGAUGAUCUGUUACGACCGUGUAUGGAUAUUCGAUACAAGCAUUGUGUGAUAUAAUAACAGAUCUGGUUGAAUAUUUGUUCGUUA